GAUGUCCAUGUCAAGAUGUUGGCAGCCCCCAUCAAUCCUGCUGACAUCAAUAUGAUCCAAGGGACCUAUGCCACCCUGUCCCCACUGCCAGCAGUAGGAGGGAAUGAAGGUGUUGGGGAAGUGCUGGAGGUUGGGCGUCGUGUGGCAGCGCUGAAACCUGGGGACUGGGUCAUCCCAGCUACCAAUGCACUUGGGACAUGGAGGACACAGGGAGUGUUUCCAGAGGAGACACUGCUGAAGGUGCCCAGCGACAUCCCGAUGCUGUGCGCUGCCACGCUGAGCGUCAACCCCUGCACGGCGUUCCGCAUGCUGGCUGACUUUGAGACCCUGGCACCAGGUGACUCCAUCAUCCAGAACGCUGCCAACAGCGGCGUGGGCCAGGCUGUUAUCCAGAUUGCCAAAGCCUCCGGCAUCAAGACCAUCAAUGUGGUGAGGGACAGACCUGACCUCCCAAAGCUGGUUGAGAGGCUGAUGGCCCUGGGUGCAGACCACGUCAUCACAGAGGAGAUGCUGAGAAAGCCAGAGAUGAAAGAGAUAUUUAAGAGCAUCCCAAAUCCUCGCCUUGCCCUGAACUGCGUUGGAGGCAAAAGCACCACGGAGAUGCUGCGGCAUCUGCAACCCAAAGGGACUAUGGUCACCUAUGGGGGGAUGGCAAAGCAGCCUUUGAUGGUGCCUGUGAGUGCCUUCAUCUUCCGGGAUGUGCGGCUCCGCGGCUUCUGGAUGACACAGUGGAGGAAGGACCAUGCACAGGACCAGGAGAGCCUGGCCACUAUGAUGGACACCUUGUGCCAGCUCAUCCAGAGGGGACAGCUCAUUGCACCAGCCUGCACUGAGGUCCCACUCCAAGAUUACAAGGCAGCACUGGAGAAUGCCAUGAAACCUUUCAUAUCCUCCAAGCAGAUCCUCCUCCUCUGA